AUGGCGGCGGCGACGGCAGCGCAGCCGUCGGUGGAUGAGCUGGAGAAGAAGGAGGAGGACCUGUUCCGCACGGGGCCGCUCUCGGUGCUCACCAUGAGCCGCUGCCUGCGUGUCGCCUGCGUGCAGGUGCUGAUCAACUGCAGAAACAACCGCAAGCUGCUGGGGCGGGUCAAGGCCUUUGACCGCCACUGCAACAUGGUGCUGGAGAAUGUGAAGGAGUUUUGGACAGAGAUCCCCAAGCGCGGCAAGGGCGCCAAGGCCUCCAAGCCCGUCAACAAGGACCGGUUCAUCAGCAAGAUGUUCCUCCGAGGCGACUCUGUCAUCCUUGUGCUGCGCAACCCCAAGUAG